UAUUAGUUGUCUUGUUUAUGGCCCUCAAGAGACAAAGGAAGAAAGAACCCUUGAUCAUCUCAAAGGAUGAUGUUCGGGACAACAUUGUUACCUAUAAUGAUGAAGGAGGCGGGGAAGAAGACACACAGGCUUUUGACAUUGGCACACUGAGAAAUCCAGAAGCAAGGGAGGAAAGUAAGAUGAGAAGAGAUGUUAUCCCAGAAACUAUAUUUCAGAUAAGACGGACUGCACCUCUUUGGGAAAACAUUGAUGUCCAAGAUUUUAUUCACAGAAGGUUAAAGGAAAAUGAUUUAGACCCAGCUGCCCCUCCUUAUGAUUCACUAGCAACAUAUGCCUACGAAGGAAAUGAUUCCAUAGCAAAUUCACUUAGCUCCCUGGAAUCACUCACUACAGAGGGCAACCAAGACUAUGAUUACCUCAGUGACUGGGGCCCUCGAUUUAAAAAACUAGCAGAUAUGUAUGGUGGAGAGGACAGUGAUAGAGACUGA